UAAACACAGACAUAGCGCUUCCUUUCUUCACUUCCUCCGACUCAUCUGCUCUUCACCCGACUUCGGUCCAAUUAUGACAGCUACUUUAGACGACAGGGACAAGGAAAAGAUGCGCUCUGUGUCUGUUGACUUAAAUCAUGAUGCAUCUCUACUUAUCGACAUUCCCGAUGCACUCUGUGAAAGAGACAAAGUCAAGUUUACGGUCCACACAAAGACUACACUUACUGCUUUCCAGAAGCCAGAAAUCUCUGUUCCCCGGCAGCAUGAAGAUUUCAUCUGGUUACAUGACACUCUGGUGGAGACGGAGGACUAUGCUGGCCUAAUAAUUCCUCCCGCACCCCCAAAGCCUGACUUUGAAAGCCCAAGAGAAAAGAUGCACAAAUUGGGAGAAGGUGAAGCCACUAUGACCAAGGAAGAAUACACUAAAAUGAAGCAGGAACUGGAAGCCGAGUACCUGGCUGUGUUCAAGAAAACAGUCCAAGUACAUGAAGUUUUUCUGCAGAGACUCUCUUCUCAUCCCAUUCUAAGCAAAGACAGAAACUUUCAGAUUUUCCUAGAGUAUGACCAGGAUCUCAGUGUCAGAAGAAAAAAUGCCAAGGAGAUGUUUGGAGGAUUCUUCAAGAACAUGGUGAAGUCAGCUGAUGAGGUCCUUAUUUCAGGAAUCAAGGAAGUUGAUGACUUUUUUGAGCAGGAGAAGACAUUCCUUCUAGACUAUUACAGCAAGAUUAAAGAUUCCACUGCCAAAGCAGAGAAGAUGACCCGCACGCACAAAAAUAUCGCUGAUGAUUACAUUCAGAUCUCAGCCACUCUGAAUGGACUUUCUGCUGAAGAUACAACAGCAAAUAGGAAACACAUGGAGAAGCUCUCAGAUCUCUUUGAGAAGCUCAGAAAAGUGGAGGGAAGAGUAGCAUCUGAUCAGGAGCUCAAGCUCACAGAGUUGCUAAGAUAUUACAUGCGAGAUAUCCAGGCAGCCAAGGACCUUCUCUACAGACGAGCUCGUGCAUUAGUCGACUAUGAGAACUCCAACAAGGCUUUGGAUAAGGCUCGACUGAAAAGUAAAGACAUCCCCCAGGCUGAGGAACACCAGCAGCAGUGUCUACAGAAAUUUGACAAGCUCUCAGAGUCUGGGAAGAAAGAGCUCACCAGUUUCAAGGGCAGGCGAGUUGUGGCAUUUAGAAAGAAUCUUGUAGAGAUGGCCGAAUUGGAGAUUAAACAUGCCAAGAACAACGUGGCACUAUUGCAGGGUUGCAUUGAGCUGCUCAAGAACAACUGACACCAUUACAAGUAUUCUUGACCUCCUGCUGUCAAUUGACCAGUCACAGCCAAUCAAAUCCUGAUGUCCCUUACGUCUCGCACAGACAAGAAUUCAAGCCACAUCUUUGCUUCCACUCACCUAUCUGGUGCCUCUUAACCAACACCUUUGUUAGCACAGCAUUCUUAUCUUUCCUCGGUCCACAGCGCAUACUCCCCAAGAUAUAUGGAAGUCUAACCCAUAAUUAUUGAGUCUGUUGUUAAGGUCUAUCUUUUUGUUUUGUCUUUCUUGUAACAUUUCAUUUUCGUAACUAUGCACACAAUAGAAACCACAAUUUUUUUUUUUUUUUGUACUUUUCAGCGUUAGACUUCUUAAAUUACCUCCCUAGCGAGUUGAGUUUGACAACCAUUGCAGACUCUAUAUAUGAGAUUCUACUUUACAAUACAAAAAGAAAUAUUGCCUAUUCCCACUGAUACUCUCUUGCCUUUUUUUUUUUUUUUUUUUUUGCGUAAAUGUCUGGUUUAGAACAUCAUACCAGACCCACAUGAUUCUCAGCACCGAAAGCCAAAAAGCAUCCUUUUUUUUCCCUUAAUUACAUUUGCAUCGUACUGCAGUUAUCAAAGAUGCCCAUACAGUUUGAGAACAUUAGCAUGAAUUUAUCCGUGCAAAGACAAAUUACGUAUGUGAGCAAACUUGAAUUGUGGACUCACGGUUUACAUUAUAGUUUUGUUUGCACAAGCCACUCAUACUACCUCUACUACAGGUAUUAUUCCAUCACAUGCUUCAUACCGCCAACUGACUGUCCUUUCCAAUCUAAUUGAUAGGUAUCAAAACAAUUAAGAAAAUGACGCACGAAGAUGACAAAAGUUUUGCAAUCAUCGCCAAGCACAGUGGUGUGAUUAAUGCAUUAUAGUUUUCUAAAAGAAUGUAUUUCUGAUUCCAGCAGUGUGAUUUCCUUUUUAUUUUUCUGACUCAAUAUUAGCAUUUUAUACAUUUGUAACAAUACUGAAUAAAUCCUACUUUCCCAAGA